AUGAAAGUUAUCAUUCGAACUUGUCAAUCAUUCGGAGGAAAUAUGUAUAGCGUAGAAGUUGAAGAUUUCGAUCAAAUAUCAGCUGUUAAACGAAAAAUAUCUGACAAUACAGAUAUUGAUUGUAAUAAUAAAAGUUUAAUAUUUAAUAACAGACAGCUAAUUCAAGAGAUGAAGUCGCUAUCAGAUUAUGAAAUUCAAAAUGAAUCCACUCUUCAUUUGAGAUGUGGACAAUGCGGUUGUUAA